CCAACUUCCUCGACUUUCUAGUCACGUGCACUCUCCCUUUGCAAAACUCACAAGCAACCACAACUCCUCAAUCUGCAACAUGGACGCCUCACGGCAGACCAGCAGAUCGACAUCAACUCUCGGGGCCAAAGAGGCCACCGACGAGGUAAACCUAGUCCGCACCGUCACCACCAACGAGCCGGUGCUCGUCAACGGCAAGCGGGUCCUCCGCGAGGAGGAUGCUUUCGAGAAGACCGCCUACGCGUGGUCAACUAGGAAGAAGUGGAUUCUUCUCACGGUCGUGGCUCUUUGCCAGACCUCGAUGAACUUCAACGCCGCCAUCUACUCCAAUGCGGUGGAGCACAUCAACACGGAGUUCGGCAUCACCAACGCGCGCAUGGGCAUGGUGGCUUUCCUCGUCCCAUAUGCGUUUGGUUGUGAGCUUUGGGCGCCAUGGUCCGAAGAGGUGGGCCGCUGGAUCAUCAUGCAGCUAUCCCUGUCGGGCGUCAACGUUUCCAUCGUCAUCUGCGCCCUCAGUCCCUCUUUCGCCGGCAUUAUCGCUGGCCGCGUCAUCGGUGGUCUCUCGUCCGCAGGCGGCUCUGUCACGCUGGGCAUGGUCGCUGACAUGUUCGACGCCGACUCUCAACAGCAUGCCGUCCUCUGGGCCUCUCUCUGGAGCUGUUUGGGCGCCGUCAUCGGCGGCAUCUGCGGUGGGCCAAUCCAGCAAUACCUACCGUGGCGCUACAAUUUCUGGAUCCAGCUCGCAUUCAGCGCCGCCACACAGAUCGUACAUUUCAUCGUCGCCAAGGAGUCGCGCGCUACCGUCAUGCUCGACAAGGAGGCCAAGCGCUUGCGCAAGAAAGAAGGACAGGACGUCUACGGCCCCAAUGAGGUCAAGACCUUGAAGGAGCGCUUCCCCGCGAAGGAAAUUCUCAAGACGUUCUGGCGCCCAUACGAGAUGCUCAUGUUCGAGCCUAUUGUGCUCUUCCUGUCGCUACUCAGCGGUUUCGCAGAUGCCCUUAUUUUCUCCUUCUUCGAGAGCUACGGGUACGUGUUCGCGCAAUGGGACUUCACACCGACCCAGAUCUCUUACGCCCUCAUACCCCUCGCCCUCAGCUACUGGUUUGCCUACCUCUCGUUUUUCCCUGUGGUCAGGCGGCAUAACCAGCGACGACGCAGCGGCGAAACCCUCAGCCCAGAGACCCGACUGUGGUGGCUGCUCUUUCAGGUCGUGCUGCUUCCUCUCGGACUCCUUGGUAGCGCCUUCGUCGCAACCGGUCCUCCCCUUCACUGGAUCGGCGUCCCCCUCUUCUCGGUCCUGAUCGGAAUGGCGAACUACUCCAUCUACUACGCUACUGUCGACUACAUGGUAGCAGCAUACGGAGAGUACAGCGCCAGCGCUACUGGGGGCAACGGCUUUGCUCGUGACUUCCUCGCAGGCAUGUGCGCCCUUUACACCGGCAAGAUGUACCACAGCCUCGGCAUCCGCAAUUCGCAGCUCUUGCUCUUCGGUCUCGCUGUUGCUUUCUGCAUCCCCGUCUGGAUCUUCUACUACUUCGGUCCACAGAUCCGAGCCCGCAGCAAGUUCGCCAUGGAGCUUGCCGGCAACAAGGAGAAGAAGGCGGCGACGAAGGUCGAUGCUAUUCAGCGGGACCGCGCUCACCGUGGCGAGGUCGAGGAGAUCAAGGAAGAAGCAUAGACGGGUUUCGAUAAGAAGAGGGGAGCAUUGGGACAGGUUUAAUGAGAAUGAUGAUGUUGAUGACAGUGUGCUUCAGCCCAGAUACCCCUGGAUUUGCAUCUGAGGUUCAUGAACCUUGGGAUGAUGGAACGUAUUUGUGAAGCGGCGCGAGACGAGCUCGCGCUUAGGGAAAAUGGAUCCGCGUUAUUAAUA